AUGACCACUACUACCGAUAUUUUGACUCCCGCUGACGUUGCGCGGUUGGCCGUUGACGUGGCCGCCGAUAAGCUAGCCUCGGACAUCCUGAUGCUCGACCUCCGAGAUCUGAAGGUCUUCGCGGACUACUUCGUCGUGAUGACCGCCGAUUCCGUGCGGCAAAUCGAAGCGCUGGAGGAAGAUCUGUCCGGGGCCCUGAAAGACGCUGGUGUACCACGACACCAUCGUGAGGGUACCCCGGCGUCGGGUUGGGUUCUCCUGGAUUUCGCCGACGUGGUUAUCCACAUCUUCGGGCCCGAGGAGCGCGAGUUCUUCAGGUUGGAACGCUUGUGGAGCCGGGCUCCUCAGGUGGUCAGGAUUCUGUAA